AUGGCGCGUGCAUUGCACUACCUUCUCGUAACGCUGUGCGUCGCGCACGUGGCGAUCGCCGAGAAGGAGUCCAACAUCCUCAAACUGAGCAAGCCGCAAAAGAUCGCGGUCAAGACGGACUUUAACGCGACGGAGGGCAAGGACGAGUCUAAGAAGCGAGCGUCCUCCCUCGCCUUCAGCAAAAAUAAUCCGGAGCUGGACUGGAAGAACUACUUGAAGACGUUCGACGAAAGCGAGGAGAAGCACCGGGAUUUCGAUUUAGAUUUCAUGAAGGAGAAACUCGAAAGGACGGCCAACAGUAUACAGUGGCUCGUCGAUCUUUACGAUCCCCUCAGGUGGGCCCGAGUGCCCGGGAAACUUCAGGACGAGUGCAGGAGGGAUAUGGAAAGAUUUCUCGGAGCGCUGAGGGACGGGAAAACCUGGGCCGCAAAGAUGUCGGACGCGAGCGGCCGCUACUCCUCACAAUUCCACUUCGGUAACGGCUUCUGGUUGGGCUCGAGUACCCUUUGCAAGGAGCUCAAUGUCACCCACGAAAAAAAUGGGAGAGGAAUCGACGACGUCGAGGAGGAAGACGAGGGAGAGGAGGACCGGCAGCCACCCUUUCCUUUGAGAUUUCACGUCGCGAGGCUGUAUCUAACGCUGCCGAAGGAGGUCGAUUUUUCGACACGUCAGGUGUUUUUGGGCCUCUGCCUGCCAGGUACAUGCGACCGCGCAUCUCUGGCUUCGAUGCUGCGAGCCAGCGCCGACAGAGUCGAGCACGAGGGCAAUUCGACCUAUCGAUCGAGCGGCCCGAAGAUCCACGUGGUCACGGUGAAACCCGUGCCGUCUAGCAAUUACUGCGCUUGGCGGGAUCCGAAAUUUUACGUGCUCUCAGCCAUCGGCAGCGCCAUACUGUUCUUGAUGAUCUGCGCGACCGUGUACGAGUACAGGUCGCUUCCCCCGGUGAAGGACAUAGAGUCUUCGAGCGCGUCGAAUAACAACGACAAAACCAACGAUUUCAUGGACAAGAAUCUGAACGACGAGCGCGGGAUCAAGCUGGGACCGGAGAACGGUCAGGAGCUGAUCGAGAAGGGGACGAAGCGGCCGCAAAAAGAGGGCCCGACCCAGAAGAAGGACCGCGAGGAAGGAUUCUGGCUGAGAUCCCUGCUCGCGUUCAGUCCUAUCGUCAACGGGAGCAAGAUUAUUAGCACGGAGCCCGCGGCCAAGGAUAAUCUGACCUGUCUGCACGGUCUCCGAGUGCUCUCGUUGGGAUGGGUCGUCAUGGUGCACACGUACCUCCAGGUCUUCUCCAUCGCCGAGAACAAGACGCUGCGGACGGUCACCGAGAGGAACUUCAUGUUCCAGACCAUCAGCAACGCCACGUUCUCCGUCGAUACUUUCUUCUUCAUCAGCGGCUUGCUGGUGACCAUACUGUUCUACCGAUCCUUGGGCAGCCACGGCAACGAGAAGGGCAGCUUCCUGAAGACGAGCUCCACGAAGUUCGUUAUAAUGAUUCUGUACCGAUUUGUUAGAUUGACGCCGGCUUAUCUCUUUGUGCUGGGAAUGAACGAGAUCGCCAUAAAGCAAGCCCAGGCGAGAACAGUCUUCUCGCCCAUUGUUAUCGACCACCUGACCUGCGAGAAGUUCUGGUGGCGAAACGCCCUUUACUUAAACUCGCUGUACCCGCGUACGGAAAUGUGUAUGCUGUGGAGCUGGUACAUGGCGAACGAUACGCAGUUCUACGUCCUUGGGAUAUUUCUUCUUUUACUCUCGGUAAAAUAUUUCAAGACCGUGGUCGCUAUCGUCUCGCUGCUGAUCGCCUCUUCAUGGUUCACCACGUUUUCCAUAGCCUACAGCAACGAUUACAUAGCGAGAAUUCAGGAGCCGUUCGCGCUAUUCGACGAGCUCUACGACAAGCCCUGGCUCAGAGCGGGACCGUAUUUCAUCGGCACGAUCACCGGUUACGUCCUCUUCAAAACAAAAUGCCAACUGAAACUACCCGUGGGAGCGGGACUGAUCGGCUGGCUAUUGUCCGCGAUGAUCAUGUUCUCGGUGGUGUACGGCCUCUACCCUGGAAAUCUCACGGUGCUAACGAGCAGCGUGUACGCAGCCUUGGGUCAUACCGCAUGGGCAAUGGCUGUAGCUUUCAUCGUGAUUCAAUGUUGCACGGGCUCAGCACGAAUGAUCGACAGUUUGCUCUCACUUAGGCUAAUGUAUCCUCUCUCACGGCUCACGUACUGCGCCUAUCUGGUGCAUCCAAUUAUCAUGAUGGUCACAUGUACGCAGAUGGACGGGCCCCUGCAUCUUCACAACGGAGUUGUGCUCAUCGUCUACUUCGGUAACCUGGUGGCGUCGUAUCUCCUGUCGUUCUGCAUCUCCCUCGCUUUCGAGGCGCCGGUGGUGAAUUUGUUGAAAAUUGCAUUCAUUUCGAAGAGUGUGAGGUAGAAUACGAUCGCUCGCCUGAUAGAAGGACAAAUGCGAUUAUCCAGCGCGGUAACGACGUUUCUCCGGAUUCAAUCUCGACGAGAAAGACACGAGUAUCGCCGAAUACCUUUAUGGGACGUGCCACAAAUCGCCGAUAUGGAUAAUUCGGUGACAAUUCGUCUCACUGAAGCGAGCCCCGAGCUCUCUAACAUUAGAGCUCUCCUCCCAAACGUAGAUAGCUAAAUCGCUCAUAAAUCGAUC